AUGGCCUCCGACUAUGAGGCGGAUUAUGCAUACCUCGCACAGUCCCUCCCCACCCCGAAUGACACCCCUUACAGAAACCCUUCAAGUCCAAUGUCACGCCGGCCCUCCCUUCACCGGCGGGAUUCCUCCCCCGGCCCCUCCUCGUCUCCCACACGGUUCUCCUCCUCCAACCGCUAUGAAACAGAUGGCCCUUCCAGCCCAGUUGACGCCGCAAACGACGAGACCAUAUCCCCCCUAGACCCACGUCGCUUCACACCAACGCUCCAUGCAUCUCUCGUGUCAGAAAUCCUGUCCCUCCGCCGCGACAUGGAGGCGAAAACCCGUGCCAUCGAUACGCUGGAGAUCACCCUCGAAACCGCAAAGGCGGAAGCAGACUCCCUCAACGAAAUGCUGGCCAAAAGCACCAAGGAAAGCCGCUCGCUGAAGCGGCAGAUGCAGGUGCUGGAAGGUGGGUCUGUGUCCGCCAUGGCUGAAUUGUCCAAGGAGCGCGAUGAGGCAUUGGAGAACAUUGCGGAUUUUCGAAAGAGGCUGGAGCAGUCACAGAAGAGGGUGAGGACGCAGGAGGAGGAGAUAGAGAGGGCGCAGACGCUGUGGGAGCGAGAUAAGAUGAAUUGGGAAAAGGAGAGGAGGAGCUGGGAGAGGAAGGUUCACGUUGUAGAGGGGAGAUUGAAGGUUGUUAUUAAUGAGGUUGCGGCGGCACAGGCGGCUGGGUCCUAUCCCUGGCCUCUGGGUGCUGAUGGUGACUUUGAUGAUGCCAUUCGCGAUGGCAUGACGACUAGGGGCAGUGAUACCAACAGCAUUCGCUCAAACAGUAUCUUGGAAUGCCGUCGGACGAGUACGGCCAGUGUUAGUACCCAUGACGGUGAUCCGUAUAAUCUUCGAUAUUCGGUUAUGAGCAUGGCCAAUGGCUAUGGAUCGAAUAAGACCGAUGGGCUAAAUUUGGCGGAUGAACUUGCCUUUGACGAGGAAGAGGAGGAUACAUUGGGUUUGGAUGACAGGCCUGAUUCAAGAUGUACAGUUUCGGACGAAAGGGCUAUGUCAAUGCAGUCACGACGCAUGAGCAUGGUUGCCCGACGUACUGUGGACAUGUCGGUUGAUGGGUCGGAAAGAUUUGGCACCCCCGACGUUCUCGAACAUCCGAAGAAUCUGGAUGUGAUUCGCGACAUUGAGGACGAUGAGAAGACGACCAUUGCCGCACCACUAUUCGAAUAUAGGGAUGUAGGGAUCCAAUAUACUCCACCUCCUUCCCCGAAGAUGAUCGCUUCUGAUCCCGAUGACUCGAUUAUUCCCGUCGAGCCUAUAAUUGUUGAGGACCCACCAACCGCUAGUUGCAAAAAUGAUGCAAAUCAGGGGAGAAAGCGCGUGUGUUCGAACAAGGAAACGCCUGUUUACCAAUCGAAAGACAGCAGUACAGUAACCAUGGCUGCUCUCACCAUAUCCUCCUCGUGUCAAACAACAGCAGAGUUUCACAGCCCUCCAGGAACUCCAGAGAUGGAGGAGACUACUCCAGAAGACUCCACGCCCACGCCCGUACUAACGGCCUCUUUGGAUCCCCCGCUUCCAACUCCUGUAGUCGCAACAGCUUCCAUCUCAACUCAAACGGACGAUGUAAUAAUCAUGGACGAGGAAACCCAACAACUAAAAGAAACCGUAAGCAAGGAGAUGCCGCCAAUCCCCAUGAUCACAAUUGAACCCCCGGGCUCAAACCCACCCUCCGCAAGGAACAGUGUCGUCUUACCCCCACAAACAAAGAGCAUAUCAUGCCAAACCAAUAUCCAAUCACUUGUUGAACUGAGGUCGUGCGGCAUGCAAACCGAAGAAAUCCGCAUUGACCAACGAGCUGUGAAGCUUCCCGCAAAGCUCCUCCCGUCUGCCAUUACGGACCGUCCACAUCCACAACCACAUCCAACCAGCUCAGGUUCCACGAAGCUACCAUCACCACCCCCGAUCCGGGCAUUCCGCGUCCCACCCCCUAAAUCCGCAAAAAGAAGACUCCGCAAUCCACCACCAGUUGAUCCUCCAGAACCCGCAAGGACACCCUCCACCAGCAAAGAGCCCGGGAAGUUCCAAGCAUAUCCCGGAAACAACGAUAACGGUCCUCUCUCUGAAGAUGUAGACGUGAAGCCGGACAUCCGACGACCGUUUAGGAGUAGCAGUUUAUUUGCCGGAUUUGAAAAUGUCAGUGACGAUGAUGAAUGGCCCGAGCCACCCGAGGAUAUGUUUAGCGAUGAAGAGCUUUUUAAUCGCCCGUUGGCAUCUUACACGCUGCAAUCCGGGAAGCUGGUUACCAAGCCCUCCCCGUCGAUAUUGGACGAUAACCUACUCGAAGAGCGUGGACAGCGUGCGGAACGCCCGGCAAAUGAAGAAGAAGAUGAGCAACCUUCGCCAAAGUCCAUUCGUUCACCACACGCUCCACAUGCGCCAGCAUCAUCAUCAUCCUUAAUUUCUCAGCAGCAACGGCCCAUGGCCGCCUCUGCCUCCGCCGUUGUUGGCAAAUCAGCAGCCCCAGUCAAACGACCGCCCAGACCCCUGAGACUGGGCAAUGUCGCGAAGCAACCUGACAUUCGCCGCACAGCCAUGAUCUCUAGCUCCACAGCCGCUCACCAGGCAUAUAGGCCACGCAGCCCCAGUGCUCCCAGCAUCGGCAGCAGCGCAGCGUCCACCACAGCUUCCAAACCCCCUUUCCCAGUCCCCAUUCGAUUGAGCUCGCGCAAAAUUCCCAUCAGCGCAAGUGAAGGAGCCCAAAGCCCCACGCCGUAUGGUAACGGGAACUUCCCGGAGCGCGAUGGCCGGUUGUCGCUGUCGAAGGAACCUCCGCUGCGUAAAGUGCGUUCUGCAGCUGUUGUGUCGAGGAGACAUAAGCAUGGGAAUGGGCAUGGACAUCCGAAUGGCCAUCACCGGCUGGAUCGCCAGCAGAGUCGUUCGCCGCCAGCCAUGUCGGCGACGUCCUCUGCGUGCCCUGAAAGUCCUCAGUUGCCGCCCAUGCCCUUUGACGAAAUUACGGCUCCACGAGGUAAGCGUGGGCCUGGCACACUGCAGUCCAAUCGAUACCCCCCACCUGCUGCCCGCUCACAUCGGCGGCAGGAGUCGAGUGCAGCGACAUCGGUGUCCGCGUCGGUACAACAGACUAGCGUUGUUGAUGCGAUUGCACAGACUAUGGUGGGUGAGUGGAUGUGGAAGUAUGUAAGGAGACGAAAGUCGUUUGGGAUGACGGAGAAUAACAGAGAUGGGUGGGAGUUGGGGAAAUCUAGUGAGGAGGUUUCUGCGAAUAUCACGGGGAAUGGCGUUAGGCAUAAGAGGUGGGUAUGGCUUGCACCUUAUGAGAGGGCCGUAAUGUGGAGUAGUAAACAGCCCACGAGCGGAUCUGCAUUGCUGGGGAAAAGCGGUCGAAAGCUAACGAUCCAGUCCGUCCUCGACGUCAAGGAUGACAACCCGUUGCCCAAGGGUGCCGGCCCUGGUAACCAUUUCAGCCGCUCGAUCCUAAUCCUCACUCCUCAACGCGCACUCAAGUUCACAGCAAUGACACUGGAACGUCAUUUCGUCUGGUUAACAGCCCUUUCCUUCCUGAGUCACUCAUCCAUAGGCGCAAACGAGCUUGCCACGCUUCCCCCCGUGCCGCACGAAGAGUACCACCCACCCUCGAGCUCCUCGCUCCGCCGCAAUCCAAUCCGCGACUCCAUCCGCGUAGCAAAAGGUAAAACUAAACCAACAGCAAACCGCACCUUCGCCUCCCAUUCCCAUUCCCAUCCCACCGCCGUCCCCGAACUUCCCUACGACAAAGCCAUCGACGCCGCAAACGAGCCAAUUACGGACGCCGCAGAUCCACCCAAUGUGCCACGGUUUUCUUCCCACUCCCGCAAGCGGAGCAACACAGCACCACGACUGCCCCCCAGCACGUUCAGGUCCUUCUCAAACCACACAGCGGCCCCGUCAACAUACAGCGCCACCACGGCCGGGUCGUCGGAUCUCUACUCACCCUCGACUAUUGGGUUGUCUGGCAUCCAUAGCGGGCAGAGUAGCUUUAGCCAUCGUACCUCCGAUGCUAGUGGACCGUCCAGUGUUGGUAUGAGUAAUUUCUUCGAGGCGGUGGGGACGAUGAGGAUGGAGGCAUUUGUGGAUCGAAGUGAAGUUGCCCGUCAACGGGGUUAUGGUCAUGGUUAUAUUUAUCGAUCACGGCACGGCGGAGGCGGUGGUGGGAGAAAAAGAAGGGAAGCCCAUUAUUGGCCGCCGAAAAGCCCCGAUGCCGAUCUUUACGGAUCGGAAGACGGGGAUACGUUGUUUCGCAAUGAGGAUCCCUUUCGAGAGUUCUGA